AUGGGCGGCUCGGACCAACCCUUCCUCUACGAUCCAGCACCGAACAGCAGACCACUGUCAUAUCCAUACUCCGACUUCAACCCUCGAGCAGCAACCCAAAGCCACUAUGCGGCCAUGACAGAGCGUGCCGAGCGCCAGAAGCGCAAAGCAGCCCAGGACGGACGACCGUUGAUCAACUUCAAUCAACACCCGGACAGCUACAUGGUUGUCAACAACCCAACAGUGGAUCACAAGCCCCUGUCGCCAAGCACUAAGAGGAACAUUAUUUGGACAAGAUGGUCGCAGUUUGUUCUGAGAUUGUUCCAGGAGAUUGGCGCACUGGGCAUACUGGUCUGCGUCAUCUGCUUGAAGAUGAAGAACGACGGCCCUGGCUGGAUCAUUCGAGUUGCGCCGGCAUGGGACGCGGUCAUUACCAUGUACGCCAUCUACCAUCUACUGCGACCUGCCAAGAACCGAACACCCGCGAGCAGUGCUAGCUACCACUUCUUUGCCCUCUUCAUGGACACUGGCCUGAUCCCCUUCUACGUCUUCAUCGCACUUUUCGCGCGCCAGAACUGGGAACAAGCGCCAGCGGAUGAGAACAGAUGGACCAGCUUCUUCAGCACCACUUACGCCACCACCACCGUCAUAUGGACGACCUUUAUCGCCAGCAUUGUUGUUGGCGGUCUUCAUCUGGUCAGCAUUCUGCUUGAUCUGUACUUGAUUGUGAUGUUCAGGAAGAUUGCAAACCUUCCACCUGAUCUCAACCCUCUCGAAGACAACCUCACUGGCAGUGGGAUCAGUCGCUCAAGAUCCUCCAGGCAUAAAUACAAGAACAGUGAGAUGAGCACCGCGUCAACGCUCAGCGGGGAGAAGGGUCAUGGAUACCAUCUGAGUGGCAGCACUCUGAGCGGUGGCGAGUCACGCAACUCGUUGUUGAAAGAGCCGGAAGUCAGGGUCGUGCCUUGGAGUCACAGCAGAACCAACCUGGACAAUACGUACUCCGGCCACAACCCUGAAUCUGCUCGUCUCUCACGCCAGCAGUACGAUGACUUCAACCUGCACCAAGGUCCACGAUCUGGGCGUAGUUCGCGCCAGGAUGUAGGGGAAGGUCACCGCUCUCGCGCUGGGACUGUCGUCACUCCAAACGAGAACACAGACGUCUUCGAUUUUGGCGACAUUCCUCCAGUUUCCAGCUUCAAUGAUCGUCCCAACUCUUUCCACUCUGCUCGAGGCAACAGCUCCGACCGUAUGCCUACCGCAUCACCAAACACCAUCAACAGGACCCGAGAGAAGGAAGGUCUUUUGAACGACAACUGGUACGUUCUCGACGAGCAGGACGCCUCCGACUUGGGCUCUCCCCGCCGUCAAGGUAAACCAGCACCACCAUACUCCGUCGAGCCAACCCUACCCAAUGUUCAGCUCGAGCGAGCGGACUCCUUCAACCAUCAGCCGCUAAAGAUGAACCCUCCAACCCCACCAAUGUCCCACGACGAGUUCCCCGACCCAGGCGAUCAAGACGUCGUCGACCCACACCACGGCCACUACAACCCAAUCGAGACCGGCGUCGCCAGAACCCUCACAGUCCAAUCCCACGCCACCAACGCAUCAUCCGUCUACUCCGAGUCUGCACCAUCGCUACGCUCCGACAGUCGACCCAACAACUUCACUCCCAAGGGCAAGUUCUACGGCGACCUCUCUUCUGCUACCCGCGGCGUUCGUGGCGUCGUGCCGAUCGGCCAGACACACUUUCCGGAAAUCCAGAACAUGGGCCGAUAUGGCGUACCGACACCGCAGUCGAGCCGUACCCCGAGUCCGCAGAAGCAGGGUGGACGGGUUGUGAGUAGGACUGGUACGGAUAUUGCUGAUGCACAAAUGUAUGCGCAGCAGAAUCUGAGGGGCAGGAAUGUUAGUGGAAAGGUCGCGGAGGAGGGGAGAGGGGGUGCUUGGAGGUAG